ACAUUGCCAAUGCUCCAACGUGUUCGCCGUUACAUAGCUAACAAACAAAAAAAAAAAUCAAGGCCAUUUAGCGGACACAAAAUGUACUAGCCUACGGGAACAAUAGACGAAGCGCAAUAAUUGAGUUUGAAAUAUUAUCGAUGGUGGCGCUUCCACGGCUAGGGUCAUCACUAGUGUUCGGGUGAAUAUCUUAAUAACGAGACAGACCGGUUGUCAUAAUGGGUGGCUUCAGGACGAAAAACCUAGAGGAUGUGAAAACUGAAAAAUGUAAUCGUAUCGCUAAGCACAUUCAGGACAAAUGGAAAUUGGUUCCAGCUUUUCUCAAGGGCAAGGGCUUGGUCAAACAGCACAUCGAUUCAUUCAAUUAUUUUAUCAAUGUUGAGAUAAAAAAAAUUGUUAAAGCCAAUCAGAUUGUCCGUUGUGACAAUGACUUAUUAUUUUACAUCAAAUAUUUAAAUGUAUAUGUUAGUUCGCCCGAUAUCGAAGAAGGGGCAGAUAUGAGUCGACCAACUACACCGCACGAGUGUCGUCUAAGAGAUUUGACCUACUCAGCCCCAAUUAUUGUAGAUAUAGAGUAUCUAAGGGGACAGCAACCAAUCAUAAAGAAUAAUGUGGUUAUUGGAAGGAUGCCAAUAAUGCUGAGGAGUUCAAAUUGUGUAUUGACAGACAAAUCUCAUUUUGAACUAGCAAAGAUGAACGAAUGUCCACAUGAUCCUGGUGGUUAUUUUGUAGUCAAUGGCCAGGAGAAGGUGAUAAUUAUUCAAGAGCAAAUGCUAAAGAACAGAAUUAUUUUAGAGCAAGACAAUAAAGGCUGUGUUGUAGCUUCCUGUAACAGUUCAACCCACGAGAGAAAAACAAAGACAAAUGUUGUUGGCAAGGGUGGAAAAUAUUAUAUGAGGCACAAUAUAUUUCAAGAUGAUAUAUCAGUGGCUGUGAUUUUCAAAGCAAUGGGCAUAGUUUCUGAUCAAGAGAUAAUGCAGCUGAUUGGCACUGAAGAGGAAUAUAUGAAGAAAUUGGGGUCGAGUCUAGAAGAAUGUCACACACUUGAAAUAUUUACUCAACAUCAAGCCUUGAAAUAUCUGAGCAAUAAACGAAAGCAGAAGAGAUACUUUUCAUCGUCAGUUAAAUGCAAUGUGGCUGACGAAAUGAAGGAUUUACUGGCUCAGAAUAUAUUGUCACAUGUGCCAGUGAUGGAUUUCAAUUUCAAAAUGAAAGCAACGUAUUUGGCUUUGAUGAUACGGCGUGUAAUGAGGGCACAGUAUGAUGGAAAUUUAGUUGACGAUCGUGAUUAUUAUGGCAAUAAAAGAUUGGAAUUGGCUGGCUCACUUUUAGCUCUCAUGUUUGAGGAUGCAUUCAAAAGAUACAAUUUUGAACUUAAACAAAUUGCUGAUAAGAAUAUACCAAAAACAAAAGCUGCCCAAUUUGACGUUGUUAAACACAUGACAAAAGACACAAUAACGAGGGGCCUUACAUUUGCAAUAUCCUCUGGCAAUUGGACGAUUAAGAGAUUUAAAAUGGAACGCCAUGGGGUGACCCAGGUAUUGUCAAGGCUAUCCUAUAUAUCUGCACUGGGUAUGAUGACCAGAGUUAAUUCGCAAUUUGAAAAGACACGGAAAGUCUCUGGUCCAAGAUCCCUCCAACCCUCCCAAUGGGGUAUGCUGUGUCCCAGUGAUACACCUGAGGGAGAGGGCUGUGGUCUUGUUAAAAAUCUGGCUCUUAUGACUCACAUAACAACAGAAGUCGAACAGGAGCCAAUCGUAAGAUUGUGCUUCAAUUUGGGAGUUGAAAAUGUCAAUAUAUUGGGCGGUGAAGAAAUCAAUCACAAAGAUGUGUAUAUGGUAUUUUUGAAUGGCAACAUUUUAGGUGUGAUCAACAAUUAUAAAAGACUGCUCACUGUAUUUAGAAUGUUAAGGAGAAGAGGUUUGAUCAAUGGUUUUGUAUCAAUAUAUACACAACAUCAACACAAAUCAAUUCAAAUAAGUUCUGACGGUGGGCGAUUAUGUCGACCUUAUAUAAUUGUUAAAAAUUGUCAGCCUCUAAUACAAGAUGAACACAUGAAAAUUCUACAUCAAGGUAUAAAAUCCUUCGAGGACUUAAUUCAGGAAGGUUUAAUUGAAUAUCUUGAUGUAAAUGAAGAGAACGACAGUUUUAUUGCAUUUAAUGAGUCACACGUUAAUCACAAAACAACCCAUUUAGAAAUAGAGCCAUUCACCUUGCUUGGAGUGUGCGCCGGUCUUGUUCCAUAUCCACAUCACAAUCAGAGCCCGAGAAAUACUUAUCAGUGUGCUAUGGGUAAGCAGGCUAUGGGGACUAUUGGGUAUAAUCAGCGAAAUCGUAUUGAUACCCUUAUGUAUAAUUUGGUUUAUCCACAAGCACCUAUGGUCAAGUCUCGAACAAUUGAGCUAAUUAAUUUUGAUAAACUUCCUGCUGGACAGAAUGCCAUUGUUGCUGUAAUGUCUUACAGUGGUUAUGAUAUUGAAGAUGCAUUGAUAUUAAAUAAAGCAUCCAUUGAUCGAGGCUAUGGUAGAUGUCUUGUUUACAGAAAUGCCAAGACUACUUUGAAAAAAUAUGCCAAUCAGACAUUUGAUAAAAUUAUGGGUCCUCUCAUCGAUGCUAAUAAUAAAAAACCCAUUUACAAACACGAUAUUCUUGAUUCUGAUGGAAUUGCCAUGCCUGGUGAAAUGGUGGAAAAUAGAAAAGUUAUGGUGAACAAGUCAUCACCAACUAUUACCCAUCAAAAUCCAGUUAAUCAAGUUGUUGGUCAAGGAUCAGUUGAGUAUCGAGAAGUGCCUGUUGUCUACAAAGGACCUGUACCAUCGUAUAUUGAAAAAGUUAUGAUAUCGUCAAAUUACGCUGAUGAUUCUUUUCUCAUAAAGUUAUUAUUACGACAAACACGCCGACCGGAAAUAGGUGAUAAAUUCAGUAGUCGUCAUGGACAAAAAGGUGUAACUGGUCUUAUUGUUGAACAAGAAGACAUGCCAUUCAAUGAUUCGGGUAUUUGCCCUGACAUGAUUAUGAAUCCCCACGGCUUCCCUUCAAGAAUGACUGUUGGAAAAUUAAUCGAGCUUUUGGCUGGAAAAGCUGGCCUGAUGAAAGGACAAUUUCAUUAUGGUACAGCAUUUGGAGGCUCCAAAGUCAGUGAUGUUUGUGAAGACUUAGUUCGACAUGGCUACAAUUAUCUUGGUAAAGAUAUUUUUUACUCUGGAAUCACUGGUGAACCGCUCCAAGCUUAUAUCUACUCAGGACCUGUCUAUUAUCAAAAGCUCAAGCAUAUGGUUCAAGAUAAAAUGCAUGCCCGAUCUAGAGGCCCAAGAGCUGUAUUAACACGUCAGCCUACUGAAGGAAGAUCUAAGGAAGGUGGCCUUCGUCUCGGGGAAAUGGAAAGAGAUUGUCUCAUUGGUUAUGGCGCUAGUAUGAUGCUUGUUGAACGAUUAAUGAUAUCGAGUGAUGCCUUUGAUGUUGAUGUUUGCAAUAAAUGUGGAUUGAUGGCAUACAGUGGUUGGUGCCACAGUUGUCGAUCGAGUGGUUGUGUCUCGACUAUAACAAUGCCUUAUGCAUGUAAAUUAUUGUUUCAAGAAUUACAAUCCAUGAACAUUGUCCCUCGAUUGACAUUGAAAAAUUAUUGUGAUUAAAUAUUAUAUUUUUUUCAAUUAUCA